AUGUAUAGGCAUCGGCGAGUUGUUUUUGGAGUCUCCAGCAGCCCCUUUUUACUAGGAGGGACUAUUGAAUACUAUCUAGAGAAAGUAGCCCAACAAGUCGAAACAGAAGAAGAAAAAGAUAUCAUUCGGCAAUUGAGAAGAUCCUUUUAUGUGGACAACUGCGUAACCAGUGUCAAUUCAAGAAGCGAAGCCGUAGCAUUUGAAGCUGUGGCGAAGCGAGUCAUGGCGGAAGGCAAAUUUGAUUUGCGAGGUUGGGAGUACACCAAUCAAGUAGAGACAUCUAGGUUUACUCCAAUACUCGGUUUACUUUGGGAUAAAGAGCAGGAUACGUUAAAGUUAACACCUACACUUCUAGAGUUGCAUGAAAAAUCGAAAAUAACAAAAAGACAUAUAUUAUCCGCAGCACAAAAGGUGUUUGAUCCCAUUGGCGUGUCAUCUCCAAUAUCGCUAAAGCCUAAGAUAUUGCUGCAGAAACUCUGGUCAUGCAAAAUCAGCUGGGAUGACGAAGUGCCAGAAGAAAUAAAAUCUGAGUUUAACAACUGGCAACAGCAGCUCCCUUGGUUAAAAAAAUUAUGCAUUCCACGGUGGGCGUUCGGACCUAACGAAGAUAAGAUAAUGUUCCACAUAUUUGUCGAUGCCAGUCAAGAAGCAUAUGCAGCUACUAUAUUCGCGAAAACAGAAACACGAGAGAACAUAUAUGUACAACUCAUUCAAGCAAAGUCGCGAGUGGCACCGAUAGUCAAGAUAACGAUCCCUCGUCUUGAGUUGCUUGCUGCCACUAUAGGAAUUCGACUAUGGGAUUCUAUAAAAGAUGCAGAAGAUUUCGAAAAAGCGCAAGUUUUCUUUUGGUCCGAUUCUGCGACAGUUUUGGCAUGGAUAAAAAGAAUAGACCGUGGAACAUCUUUGUAG